AUGGUGAAGGUGACGGCGUCGGGGGAGCAGUCCUCCCUCUGUAACAUCAAAUCCACGGUGCUUCUGGCGGAGCCCAUCAUCCCCUUCCUGCAGUACCCGUCGAUGAGGGUGUUGUAGGUGACGAGAUUGGGGCGGCAGCUCAUCGCCUGGAAGAUUUCCUCCGCCUCCGCCAAGAGACCAAGCUUGCAGUAGCCGCGGAUCAGGGUGGUGCAGGCGGUGACGUCCGGCUCGACCCGUCCAUCCUCCACGAUCUGAUCGAAGACCGCUCGCGCGAGCUGGACCCGGUUGGCCCGCACCAGGACCCUGAGGAUGGCGCCAUGGGAGUAGCGACCCAGAGAGCCCCGGCGGCGCUGAAACCAGUCGAUGGCGCCGCGGAUGUCGCCGAGAUCGCCGAAGCGGGCAAUGAACUUGGCAGCGAGGAAGUCGUGGUGGGUCGGCCAGGCGGAGGACGCGGCGACUGCGGAGAGGAGGGACUCGGCGGCGGAGAACAGCUGAUGGGAUAGCAGAAGGUCGACAACGGCGGCGUAGCAGGCGGCGGUGGGUGAGAAGCGGGCGGCGGCCCAACGGAAGAACUGGAGGGCCGGCAGGGGGUUCUUCUGGCACUGCGGGGAACUGAUCACCUCCAUCACAAGGCCGGCGCUCAGAUGGGCGGCGAAGGGGUCGAGCGUCGACGGCGGCGGCGGAAACAGAGCACACAAGUCUUUCACACGAACACCCGACGGACGCUCCGGCGGUGGCAGCGUCUGGAGGGUGGAGAGAAUGGAACAGGUGACAGAGGGCAACCGAGAGGGAGCAGCUCCAUCGGCCGGCACUAGGGUUCGAAUGGCGGCGGAGACGCGCAUCUGGCCACCCCUGUAGACGCGGCGGCGCUGCUCCGCCCAAGUUGGGAGAAAGAGGACGGUCAGAGUUGUUCUAUAGUGAGAAGGGUUUUCAGUUGGUCCGGCCUGAGGAGAUAUAAAUCCAGGCCCAGUCCUAGGCCCAUUUUAGGUGGGUAGUUUAGGGACGGGCCCGUAACCUAAAUGGAUUCGGUGCAAUUUAUCAGCGGCAAAGUGGGUACCAUCAGAGUCUCUUUCUCGUUGACUUCUCUGUCCUUCAUACGUGGGCCAUAAAGCGCCGCAUCGGGGGCCCACCAUGGGAAUCUAAGGGCCCCAGAAUUGUCGCGAUGUUGAUCCGUAGAAAAGUAGGUUCCAGAACUGGGGCCGGGCGGUGGCUGCUUGUCCAGAGGGGCACGAAGCAGUCGGGGAACUAGAUAACAGUUGCUAGAAUUCAUCUUCUCCAUGGAACAAGUAAAGAGAAGAUCCCGUCGUUCACAUGUUACAGGAAAAAUGGGGAAAAUAAAGAGCCGCGAUACAGGCGGAGAGGUCGACCCUCUCCUCCGUGCUUCAUCUAGCUGUUCCAGUAGCCCCUGCCACUGGUUGCGGAGGGGGACCUCAUCUUGUCGAACCAGCUCCAGAACUCGGGGUUGCAGUGGGCUGGAGAGGACACCUCCGGCCGGGGGGUGAAGGGGCCGGCGGAGCCCCUCCACAUCGCCAGGCAAGUGGAGAGGGCGUCGCCGAGCUUCCCCUCGUCGAUGGCGUCGACCACCUUCUCGAUGCACUCCCCGGGGCUGAUCUUCUUCUCCCCAGUGAGGAACUCCGCCCCAGCCACGGAUCGGACCAGCUUGUAAAUGGGAUAUGUCCGGCACUUCCUAGCUCGGUGGGCGACCAAGAAGUCGCCCUUCUCGAACCGCUGCCUGGCCUGCGGCACCUCCUCGGACAGCCUCGCCUUGAGCUCCUCCUGGAAGAUCGGGAUCCGCGUGAACACGGCGUAUCCGUCCUCGCUCUUGUUGAGGGACUUCUCCACGAGCACCUCUCGCAGCUGUAGCAGCAGCGCGUAGGAAGGAUUGGCGGGGUCGUCGAUGUAGGAGAAGACCGGCUGGCACUCGACCACCUGGAGGAGGUCUUUCUCGCAGAAGCGGGACUCGAGCAUGGUCCCGUCCUCCGCCGUGUACAGCGUCUUCCUCGCCGCCUCCGUCACGGCGUGCCUCACCACCUCCCGCAGGUUCUCCUCCAGGUGUCUCAGGUCCAGCGCCUGGCAGAGGCCCACCAUGUAGGUCGACAUCAUCAGCUUCAGGAUCUCCACCGCCUCGGCGCUCUUCCUCGCCGAGAUCAGGCCCAGCGAGUUAACGUCCUGGUUGUGCUGCUCGGCGCUCUGGACGUGGGUCGUCACCGGGUUGGCGAGGUACUGCAGCUCCGAGCAGUAGGCCGCCAUGGCGAUCUCGGCUCCCUUGAGCCCGUAGUCCAAGCUGGGGUCCUCCCCGCCGCUGAGGUUCGACGGCAGUCCGUUAUUGUAGUAGUCGCAGACCAGCUCAGAGAACUGGGCGAAGACGAGCUUCCCGAUGGCGGCGACGGCGAUGCGGAGAUUGUCCAUGGAGACACCAACGGGGGUCCCCUGGAAGUUUCCCCCGUGGAGCGCGAUAUCGCGGGCCACGUCGAUCAGGGGGUUAUCGUUGACCGAGUUGAUUUCCCUCUCGAUUGCGUGGGUCGCCAUCCGGAUGACCUCGAUCUGGGGCCCCAGCCACUGGGGGGACGUCCGGAGGGCAUACCUGUCCUGCUUCGGCUUCGUCAGAGGCUCCUUCUCGUUCCUCACCUUCGCCUCCCUCAUGUAGUCGCUGCCGUCGAGGAGGAACUCCAUGAUCGCCGCCGACUCGAUCUGACCCGGGUGGUGCUUCAGCUCGUGGGUCAGUGGGUCGGUGAAUUCGGGCUUCCCCUGCAUGGCCUCGCAGAAGAGGGCCGACAGCACCACCGACAGGAGCGCCAGCACGUUGGCAUCGAAGCAGACGGUGGCGGCCACCGCCGAGCCGACAGCCGUCCCAUUAACCAGCGCGAGCCCCUCCUUUGCCUGGAGUUCGAAGGGGCACAGGAUCCCCACGCGCUUGAGGGCCUCCGAGGAUGUGAGCUCCUCGCCUUCGAGGGUGAUGGCCCGGGAGUUGUGCCGGCCGGUGAGCAGGCCUGCAAUGUAGGAGAGGGGGACCAGAUCGCCGGAGGCGGUGAUGGUUCCCCUGAGGGGGAGUUUGGGGAUGACGUUCUGGUUCAUGAGCUUGGCCACCGCCUCCAGGACCUCCCAGCGGAUGCCUGA